AUGCAUCUGGACACUCUCGAAGCUCCCAAUUCGCCCUUCCUCAACUGGCCUGGUCUUGUGCGAUGGCUGGCAUCAACAAGGAGAUCGGGCAAGGAAGGGCUUUUCAGCUGGACAUGCCCGUGGCUUCCAUUCGCGCUGCUGCUCCUAUUCAGAUACGGCCUACGGUCCUCUUGCCAAUGGGGCCAGAGAUCCAUUGAGUCCCAAGAGUCAGCAUCGAAGCCGACCUUGGCCAACUUGACGGGCCUGGCACAGUUUCACGACCUCCCACAGGAGAUCUUGCGAGUCUCUGGGCAGGUUGCGGCUGGCCGGCUGGCUUCGAGCAGUCGCAGCUGGGCCGAAGGACUUCAGCCGCAUCUUCAGAGAGACCGGGUGCGCCUCUCGAUGCUGGAGAUAUUUUACAUCGGAGGGCGAAUGCUGAUGGAAGUCCACACGGCCCAAGAUCACGUCCAGCGGAUGCACGUGAAUGGAGAGGCCUGGCAGCAAGUCUCGCAGCUUCCGGGAGCACGUUGGGCAGCCGCUGCAGCUGUGCUGGAACAAGAGAUUCUGGUCAUGGGCGGCUACUCGGACGGCCAAGACUUGGACGUGGUCGACUGCUUCCAACCCGCUCAGUCAACAUGGCGGAGGCCACCAGAGCUUAAGCUCACAAGUCCCAGAUCUCUGUUUUCGGCCGCUGCUCUUGACGGGCGCAUCUACAUUGUUGGCGGGACAAGCUGCGGGCGUGAACAGGAUUUGUGCGAGCGCUGCGAUGGCGUAGGCUGGGAGUCUGUGCUCAAUCUUCCGCUCCCUCGUUUCGGCUGCAGCGCUGUCGUCACCGGGGGUGCGCUGUACACAAUUGGGGGAUUCUCACGCGGCCUGGUGUUGCGGUGCUGCGAACGCUUGGAUCCGUGUGCGAGAGCUUGGAGGGCCCUGCCAUCACCGACUGUUGCACGCUGGAGUGCCGCAGCGGUGACCCUCCACGGCAGGAUCUACGUUUGUGGAGGUUUCAAUGGAGGCUCUCCACUGGACAUUGUGGAGCGGUUCAGCCCGAGCGAGGAGUCUUGGGAGGUGCUUCCCAGCUUGACAACUCCGCGAAAGCACUUGGCCGCGGUCCGUGCGGGAGACUCCGUGUAUGUCCUUGGAGGGUUCGACGGCAAUGCCUCCACCGCUGCUGUGGAGCGAUUCAACAGCGGAGCGUGCGGAGCAACCGGAACCUGGGAAAAGAUGCGCCCUCUUCCAAUCGAAAGUGAGUGGGGUGUAGCUGUUGCCGUGUAA